AGAAGAAAGAUACUAUGCGCUGGAAUAGUUUGGUGCAUAUCAUUUAGGGAGUUUAAUUUACAAAUCAUAUAAAAAUAUAGUGAAGUUGUAACAUGUGAAACCAGUUUAUGUGGAUUGAAAUUUCGUAUUUAGCAUUUUGAAUGUCUAAUUCGCAUUUGUUUUUGCCCUCGGGUUUCCCCCGAGCUCCGUUGCAAAACGGUAUAGGCCGGUUUGUUUGCCAAUUGCAAAGAAUUACAAUAAAAUUCUGUAAAAGUAAUGGAUCAAGUAGAGGAGUAAGGGAGUUUAUAGAGAAGGAUCUGCUGGACUUUGCCCACAAUUAUCCUGGUAUAGUUGUAUAUGUUAAGCCAAGAAGACAUCAUUCUCCAUGUCUCUCAGCAGAAUACUUGAACGGAGAGAGACAGUAUGUGAACUGCCACAACCAUUCCCGAGAUGAAGUAAUCAAGUGGGUGAACUUACUUCGCACAGAAUCAGGGAAUCAGAUAAUCAGGUUGAGGAAGAUGUGGCACACAGAUUGCCCCUCGAUACAGGGCCCGUGGAGCCCGUUUGUGAACAGGGAUCCUCAUCUUAACGUCGUGGAGUUUCCAAAUGAGAGUCUGUCUCGCCCUGUGUAUUUACCAAAGACCGCAACAGAGCAGUUGAAGGAGAUAUUUGAGAAGCAACGACAAACUAAUGUAUCAUCACUGGAUGAGAAACAAGCAGAAUAAUGUGCCAGCAAGUUGUGUUUGUGGUUCUUCGGAAAAAGUACGACGGACAAAUCUUGUAGUGUUAAAAAGUGUGGGAACAUGUUGAGAGCUGAUGGACUCGGUAGUUAUUAGCAAAAUACUUGUUAAACUUCUUGUUCAGAGUUCAUUAUAGGUGAUAAAUAAACAAAAAUAAAUCUGAUGUAACAAAAUCCA